GCGUGUCUCGCCGUUAACUUCAGUUCGUUUUCUGACGUGUGUGUGUGUGCGCGCCGCUGGGUGACAGUUUAUUACUGUUCAUUGUGUAUCUUCCGAGUAGUGACGGAGAGACUCGGUCGGUUGCUGCGACGUGUAAUAAAGCCAACGCACCUGCACCCGUGUCUUCGUGUUUUUGCGGCGGUGAAAAUGUAACAGCGACGAUCGGGGAAAAUAUGCAAUUGGACUGAUACAUCGUCUGCGCCCACGCACCAAACACACAUAGAGCCAGAGCAGCCCCAGCUACGAUCCACUGCCAACUGCACUGCUUUCACCUGUUUCUCCUCUUAUCCAUCAACGCUGCGUUGUUUAUUUCGUUAAUUGGGUGUUGUUGUUGUUGUUAUUGUUGUCGGACGUUGUGCUGUUGUUUCCUGCGAGAUAGCAGGAUGUUGCACAGCAAACUGAGGAUCCACACGUGCAGAGUGAUCCUGCUCACGUCGCUCGUCUGGUUCCUGCUCGUCGUCUUCAUACUCAACUUCUAUUCAGACUGCAUCGGAAGCAACUGCAAAAGAGAUGGGGAGUACAAUGUGGAAUUGCCUCAGGCCAGCAUGCAGAAGAGAGGCAAGGAUUAUGACUUCAAUGAUGCCAACGAGGAGCAGAACCGCUUCGACAAGGAGCCAGACAAUCAAAGCUUGGAUAAGUUUGAUGGGAUGAGCAGUAAAUACAAAAAGUCUGAGUUGAAGAGGUGGAGACCUGCGCCGACUGUGAUACCCAAGGGCAGCUUGCCAGGAGAGCAUGGUAAACCUGUUGUUAUCCCACCUGAGAAGCAGGCCCUGAUGAAGGAGAAGUUCAAGCUGAAUCAGUUCAACUUGCUGGCCAGUGACAUGAUCUCCCUGAAUAGAUCCCUUGCUGAUGUCAGAUUGGAAGGAUGCAAGGACAAGAAGUACGCUCAACUGCUGCCAACCACUUCCAUAGUUAUAGUGUUCCACAAUGAGGCUUGGACGACGCUGCUGCGAACCGUCUGGAGCGCCAUCAAUCGGUCUCCGAGGCCACUGCUGAAGGAGAUUAUCCUCGUCGACGAUGCCAGCGAAAGAGAUCACUUGGGCAGGAAAUUGGAAGAGUACGUGAAGACGCUUCCUGUACCCGUUCACGUGUUCCGCACUGAAAAGCGUUCCGGUCUGAUAAGGGCGCGUCUGCUGGGCGCCAAGCACGUGAAGGGUCAAGUGAUAACAUUCCUGGACGCCCACUGCGAAUGCACGGAAGGAUGGUUGGAACCGUUACUGGCGCGAAUCGUGGAAGAUCGCAAAACUGUCGUCUGUCCGAUCAUCGACGUCAUCUCCGACGAGACGUUCGAGUACAUUUCCGCCUCGGACAUGACCUGGGGCGGAUUCAAUUGGAAGUUGAAUUUUAGAUGGUAUCGCGUACCACAGAGGGAGAUGGACAGGCGUGGCGGAGAUAGGACCGCCCCCUUGAGAACGCCUACGAUGGCCGGAGGUCUCUUCGCCAUAGAUCGCGACUACUUCUACGAGAUCGGCUCUUACGACGAGGGCAUGGACAUCUGGGGCGGAGAAAACCUCGAGAUGAGUUUCAGGAUCUGGCAGUGCGGCGGCAUCCUGGAGAUAAUCCCGUGCUCGCACGUGGGGCACGUGUUCAGGGACAAAUCCCCUUACACGUUCCCCGGCGGCGUGUCCAAGAUCGUUCUGCACAAUGCGGCGCGUGUCGCCGAAGUCUGGAUGGACGAAUGGAAAGACUUCUACUACGCCAUGAACCCAGGUGCGAGGAGCGUGCCCGUCGGUGAUGUGACCGCGCGCAAAAACUUGCGCGACAAAUUGCAGUGCAAGACCUUCAGAUGGUACCUGGAGCAUGUGUAUCCGGAAUCGCAGAUGCCUUUGGAUUACUACUACUUGGGUGAUAUUAGGAACGAGGAGACGACGACUUGCUUGGACACGAUGGGUCGCAAGGCCGGCGAGAAUCUGGGCAUGACGUACUGUCACAACCUGGGCGGUAACCAGGUGUUUGCGUACACGAAGAGGCAACAGAUCAUGGCCGACGACAAUUGCCUGGAUGCCAGUCGCAAGAACGGACCAAUCAAAUUGGUGCGUUGCCACGGGAUGGGCGGUAACCAGGCUUGGGUCUACGACGAUGAGGAUAAAACGAUAAAGCACGUCAACACCGGUCAGUGCUUGCAGAAGCCGGAUUCGGCUGAUAUGAAUUUGCCACUGCUGAGGCCCUGCAAGUUCGAGAGCGCGGGUCAAAAGUGGAUAAUGAGCAGCGAGUUCAAAUGGCAGGCGCACAACUACAAGGAGGAUCGGCGGUAAUUUCGAAGUGCGUGCGCGCUCUCGAGACUAAAAGAAAGAAUGGACAAAGAAGGUUGUUCCUCUCUUCUUUUUUUACACACUCACACACAAACAAGAACAUCCGACACGCAACAUUCUAAUUUUAUAUUACUUUCUCUUUUGAAUCUCCAACGAAUCGUCUUCUUAAUUUUUUCCAAUCAAUUCCCGCAUCGACCAUUCCAAAAGUAUUAGUGAUUAUAUUGUUGUAUAUCCCUUUUACACACUAUAUAUAUAUAUACAUACAUACGUAAUAUUAAGGACUUGAAAAGAAACAACAACAGAGUGAGAGUGAUGAGUAAUUGCCAUUUUUUUUUAUAAAUGUAAAUACAAGGUAAUUGUUAAUUUUGUGCGCGAUGUAGGAGUGGCCUAUUUCAUUCCUUGGGCGGAGUCGUAAAGUGCUCUACUACUACUACUAUUAUUAUUAUUGUUAUAAUUGAAAUGAACGAAACGAAACAGGUAAAGUGUAAUACUGCUGCUUGUUUAUCUUUUCUUCAUCCUUUUUUUUUAAAUUUACAUUUUAAGAGUAUUUAUGAUAUUUAAAGAAAAGAGAGAAAACCAUAUCAAUAUACAAUAUCUGGUGCAAAACUGAAAUGAAAGUUAUUCCAAGCAAUAUACUGUUGGGUUGUUGUUAGGUGUAAGUGUUCGGUAAAACUUUCAAAGUGCCCUAAUUUAUUGUUUUGCUCAUGUAAAUAGGUUUAUAUAUUUGUAUAAUGUUAUUGGCAUAAUUUUGAUUAUUGCUGCCGCACGAGACGGACGGACGAACGGACAAUCAUGAAUGAUCUUCGCAUGAAUUCUUGUUAUCAUCGUCAUCAUCAUCGAUUAUAAUGAACAUUUCUCUCUCUACCACCCGCCUCCUCCUCCUUUUCCAUACAUAUGUUAUACAUGUAAGAAGAGAGAGACUAGUGACAUAUCGGCAUCGAACAUCGUGUUUUUUUCUAUAUAUAUAUAUAUUUUAUUGUAACAUGACCUGAACAACACCGGACAAAAUAAUGAUUGAUUUCUUUUGUAUACGUAAAAAUAGGCUAGGUGGUGGUGCAAUCCAUAGCUUAAACAAAUUCGAUUUAAAAAAAAAAGUAUAUUAGAACGUAAGGAGAAUAUAUCAUGUAAAUAAACUGAAAUAAAACGGAAACAGUGAACGAGACAGA